AUGGGUGUAUCAUGGGUAUUUGAACACGAGAAGACGGCGAAAGAAGUGGAGCGUCUGUUAGAAGGCGGUGGAGCGGAGCAAAUCGGCACAUUCACUGUUGACUGUUUGCCUUAUAUUCCCAAUGAUAAGCUCCAGAGCUGCAUCCAGCAUAAUUAUGUUCUUCAUCAUAGCAAUUUUCCGCAGAGUUCAUUCUCAAUAGCCCCUACGGAUUCUCUUCGGACCAGCCCACGGACAAUAUGUGAUCUUGGCUUCGAUCUCAUUCUCACCAAGCUGUCAUCAGGUCUGACACCCGAUACAGCAGGAAAGUUUGAACUUACUGGAGUGGAAUAUCGGUUAAGGGACUUUGUUGUUCGUGUCGGUACCGCCUCGCAAGUUACCACCACAAAAGGAGUCAUAGUCGAAGUGGAGUAUGAACCGUCGCAAGUAGCCGUUCAGAGCGCGCAUAUGAUGACGGAAAUGAUGCAGAUGUUUUUUCCUCAAUAUGCAGCGAACAAGCCGGAUGUAAUCAACAAAUCGUCACCGGAACCAUAUUCCGCUUUGGACACUAUGUACCAGUAUCUGACUAUAUUCCGGCGGAUGAGGAAGAAAACAUAA